AUGGCACCCAGCGCCCUCAUCUUUCUGGCCCAGGGCACCGAGGAGACCGAGUUCGUCGCCACGUACGACGUGCUCGCGCGUGCCGGCGUGCGCGUGCAGAGCGUCUACGUCGGCUCGUCGUCGCAGAGCAGCGAGAGCGGCGGCGAGCCGCACGGCGCUGCGCUGGCGACGUGCAGCCGCGGCGUGCGCAUUGCGCCCGACCUGCGCCUGCCCGACCUCGCCGGCGGCAAGGGCCUCGAGUACGACGCACUCAUCGUGCCCGGCGGCAACGACGGCGCGGCGACCAUCUCGGCCAACGAGGACGUGCAGAAGCUGCUCUCGGCCGCGUACGGCAAGGGCAAGGUCGUCGCCGCCAUCUGUGCCGGCUCGCUCGCCAUCAAGGCCGCCAACAUCGCGCCUGACAGCGCCAUCACCAGCCAUCCGAGCGUCAAGGACCAGCUCUCGAGCGACUACCGCUACAAGGAGGACAGAGUCGUCGUCGCGGAGAAGCUGAUCACCAGCCGCGGCCCCGGCACCGUCUUCGCCUUUGCGCUCGCCAUCGUCGAGGCGCUGUGCGGCGAGGAGAAGCGCAAGGAGGUCGAGGCGCCCAUGGUGCUGUCGGACAAGCUGUGA